AUGGAUCAGAGCACCAGAAAAUGCGAAUACCCGGUCUUUCAGUACAGUAACUUCGAUGUGUCCGCUAUCUGUCAACUCGCAGGUGAGAUGCGAAAGCUCUCAUGCACAUGUGAUUUGAAUCAGCGUCCAAUGUGCGGCGGCUUUAACUGGGCAGUUUCCCUUUUAUUCGCAGAUGGAAUCCAAUGGGUUCUUCGCUCGCCGGCGCAGAACCACCCCGACCUGUCCGAAAGAAGUAUCAUCAAACUCCUCUUAAGCGAAGCUGCUACGCUCAGAUAUCUCAAGAUUUACACGGACAUACCUGUUCCUGAUCUUCGUUCGUAUGGUGCUUAUCGAAACAACCCUGUUCGGAUCCCAUACAUUUUGAUGAGCAAGGCGCAAGGCAAGUCGUUGAACACAAUGUGGGGGAACGAUGAUCUUCGUAGCCGUCUGGAUUCACUCGAAAUGAACAAAGUAAUAUCUCAACUGGGACAAAUUACAUGGGACCUUGCUCAAGUCCGGUUUCCCCUCAUUGAGUCUCUUUUUGAAGAAAAUGGAUCCUUUGCUGUUGGAGAAUGCCUGUCAAAAGGCCACAUCCAACAUAAGAGACAUUCAUUGGAAGGAAUUCCUCGUGGGCCCUUUGACAACGAGAGUAAGUUUUACUGCAGUCUCAUUGUGGCUUUGACCAAACACGCCGAAAUGCUACCAUUGGGGCACCAUUGCUUCACUGCCCCAAUACCGUCUAGAAAUGACUACGCCUAUAAGGACCUGUGGCAGUGUGCCCGCGAUCUUUGGAAUCAAUUCGUCACCGUUGGACAAAAGGUUGGCAGUGCCGCGAAUAGAGUUGACUAUGUUAUUGCUGCAAAUGUCCUCAAACAUUUGAUCUCUCAAUAUGAGUGCAACUGGUCUGGAGCCGGUCAGCUUUCCACUCUGCCACCCAGAUCUCACCAUGGGCAACAUAUUCGUCGACGAUCAAUACAACAUUACGCCUUUGCCACGACUGUACCCCUUCCAGUGCUUUUGUCACCACCCGGAUUUCCUCAGUCGCGGCAUAAGCUAGAUGAGAGAGUCUGCCUUGGUUUCAGACACGGCUUCCAGGAUGCAGCUGGGCCCAAUACACACAAUAUACUGGUGGGAUUGUCGGUUCCCAAGGCUAUCUACGAAUUUGCUUGGUGUCUCACACGGUUUCUAGCAUUCGAUUCCACAGAUGACAUUUCGCUUUUUCGUACAAUGUGGGGAUCAGUGUACUCAUCGGACCACAAACUCGAGUCGUAUUUCUUUUCAGAAAGAUCUCUACCGUAUUAUCGAAAGUUGCAUGGAAAGAUCAGAGAAGAGGACUUGACGGAAUCUCGGAUCAAAAAGUCAGAGAGUGAUCUUUUCACCAAAUCCUUGACCUUCGAGCUGUAUUUAGCUCGUCAUUUGACGAUGAUGUCAGACUGGGGAUUCAAUUAUGACGCGUUCAAACAAUCUGGUCUGCGAGAUACAGAACAGAUAUUCGUAAUUGAGGGGCGGGUUUGGCGAUGGAUUUUGGAAUUCAAAAGACAACACCGCAACAGGAUUGGCAUUGAAGAGUGA